AUGGCAGAUCUUAUUCCUUUUCUUUUCUGGGAAAAGCAAGAAGGAUAUUUAUGCGCACAACAUUGCUUAAACUCACUUCUCCAAGGCGAGUAUUUUACAGCAGUAGAUUUAGGUGAAAUAGGUCGUAGAUUGGAUCAAGCAGAACAUGAUGCAAUGACUUCUCCGGAUCAACAACAAAAUUCACAACAGCAACCAAACACAAGAUUCUUUUCAGUACAAGAAAGUGUUUUAAAUAUGGCAUUAGAAGUUUGGAAUAUAGAAAUGGUCCCAAUUGGCUCUGAAGCGGGACGUGGAUCAAGAAGUCAACCAGAGUUUACUUUAAGAAAAUUUGGAGGGCUUCGAGCACGUUGGUACAAUUUAGAUUCGCUUCUUAAAGGACCCGAAUGGAUCAGUCCAACUUAUUUAGGAAUGUUAUUGAAUCAACUUGAAAAUAAUGGAUAUAGCAUCUUUGUGAUAAAGGGUGACUUACCUAUUAGUCAAGCUGAUGAAAAUGCAUCAAAAUUGCCUGACCCAGAUACUGUUAAUCGUAUUGAAAGAGACAAAAGUAAUUUACAAGAAAUAGAUCAAGAAAUGAUGAAUGCGGCUAUUGCAGCUAGUUUGGGUAAUAGUAAUGAUAACGGAGAAGAAAAGGAGUUGAAAUAA